AGGGGGCGUGGCCCUGUAACUGAACAGGAGGAGGAGAGGCCUCCCAGAAGGAGAGAAAGGAAGACCGUUUGCUUGCCGCUCGCGAGGGCAGUCAGCGUCAUCAGCGCAGGCAGCUUGAGACUUGUACAUUGGAGCAUCAACAACACCUAAGCAUUAUGAAGGAGCUGCGUGGCAAUAAUCCUGGGGACCGCCCCAAAAAGAAAGGUUCAGCCUCUAGGAAGGACAGUCGCACCCCAGCAGUACAGGCUUCAGAUGACAGCGAACCUGGCAAUAUCUUAAAUCCAACACUGUUGGCUCAGAAGCGACCUCUCCGCAUUUCAAGCAGUAUGAGAGGAGACGCUGUGGAAAACACUGAUGAUGCCAAAAGGCAAAAGCUCUUGCCUGAAGUGAGUUCCCCUGGUCAAGACUCGGAUUAUGAGGAGUCAGAUGACAGUGAUUAUGUGAGAGGGGGGAGUGAUGAUGACAGCGAUGGGUCAAGCUGUGAGGAUGAGGAUGAUGAAGUUGGUAGCAAUGCCUCGGAAAGUAGUAAUGAAGACUCCAAAGGAAAAACAGGCCAGACUUCAAGAACUGAUUUAACAAAAGAGUUGUCAUCCAUGCCUUUUGAAGAGCUGCUGAAGUUCAGAAACCAGGUUGGGACCAAGGCUUAUCAGCGAAUGACUUCUGAGAAAAGAGCACCAAACACAAAAAAACCAGAGAAGAUACAGGGUCCAAGCAAAGACAGGCCUUUAGAAAUUUCAGCCAAGAAACCGGUCUCCUUUCUGCGACAAGUGGUACCUGUUAAAAAGAAGGUACCUCGAGACCCACGUUUUGAUGACCUCUCUGGGGAAUAUAAACCAGAAGUGUUCGAAAAGACCUAUUCGUUUUUGAAUGACAUCAGGAAAAAGGAGAAAGAGAUAGUUCAGAAGCAACUGAAGAAAAGUAAAAAUGAGGAUCAGAAAACCAAAUUGCAGCAGCUCCUUAAACGAAUGACACAGCAGGAAGUUGCACAGAGGAAACAGCAAAAGGAGAGAGAGCGAGACCUUGCCUUCAAGAAGAAGCAGCGGGAGCUGGCCCAGCAAGGGAAGAAGCCCUUCUAUCUAAAGAAAUCUGAUAAGCAGAAGUGGGAACUGGCUGAGAAAUACAAAGAGCUGAAGAAGAGCGGAAAACUGGAGAAUUUCUUGAGCAAGAAGAGGAAAAGGAAUGCUGCUAAGGACAAAAGGAAGCUCCCUUUUAGGAAGACUCUCUAAUAUCUGGCUGCAGGAGAAAAUUCUGCCUCUGUCAAUUGUGCGGGCAGCACUCUGAUGGACACCGAUCUCUCAGUCAGCUAUUGACUUAAUAAGCUCCUCGCACGACUCCAUCCUGUGGUCUAGAUCUCUCUGCCACCAGGCUGAACUGGACUGCUGGCAGUUGUCCUAGAAACUGUGUACAAGGAUUCUAAUUGCAGAAUCUCAUUAAUUGGCAGUUUUCCUUUUGAGAGCGCUCCUUGGGUCAUUAAUUGAUAAUACGUCUUGUAACAUCAUUUUGCUAGAGUAAAGUGGUUAUUUUUCCGAAAAGCAAA